UCCAUGAAGAAUAGCACAGAGGUAACCGAUUUCAUCCUGCUCGGACUCACAGAUGACCCACAGCUGCAGGUUCCUCUCUUCGUAAUCUUCACCUUCAUUUACUUCCUCACUCUGAUUGGGAACCUGGGGAUGACCACGUUGAUCCUGCUGGACUCUCGUCUUCACAUCCCUAUGUACUUUUUCCUCCGUAACCUGUCUCUGGUGGACUUUUGUUACUCCUCCACCAUCACUCCAAAGGUGAUGGCUGGGCUCCUGAAAGCAGACAAAGUCAUCUCCUACCAUGCAUGUGCAGCUCAGAUGUUCUUUUUUAUAGUCUUUGCCACUGUGGAAAGUUAUCUCUUGGCCUCAAUGGCUUAUGACCGCUACGCAGCAGUGUGCAAGCCCCUGCAUUACACCACCUCCAUGACCACAAACAGGUGUGCUUGUCUUGUCGUAGGCUCUUAUGCAUGUGGUGUUCUGAAUGCUUCUGUCAACACUGGAGACACGCUCAGUCUCUCUUUCUGUGGGUCCAAUGUGAUCCAUCACUUUUUUUGUGAUGUUCCAGCAGUCAUGACCUUCUCUUGCUCUGAGAAACGCAUCAGUGAAAUGAUUCUUGUUCUUGUCUCAAGCUUCAAUGUCUUGCUUGCACUUUCUGUAAUCCUGAUUUCCUACCUGUUCAUAUGUAUGACAGUUUUGAGGGUGCGCUCACAAGAGGGGUACCAGAAGGCUUUGUCUACCUGUGCCUCUCACCUCACUGCUGUUUCCAUCUUCUAUGGGACUGUCAUUGUCAUGUACAUACAGCCCAGCUCCAGCCACUCCAUGGACACAGACAAAGUGGCAUCUGUGUUCUAUACGAUGCUCAUCCCCAUGCUGAACCCAGUGGUCUAUAGCCUACGGAACAGAGAAGUCAAGGGUGCAUUCAACAAAGCUGCUGAGAAGGUGAAAGUUUCUCUAGAUUUUCUCUUGCUGUAG